AUGGCUACAAUGUCCAUAAUAGUCGACAGCAACAGCGUCGAUAUGGACUCGAUCCCACGUCUGCGUUGGAGCCCUCAAAACAAUCGCUUCCACUACAAUGUGCCCGUGGCGGCCGAGCCAGGUGACAACGGCUUCGUGCUGCUGCAAGAGUUUGAGCACGCGGACUCGCUGAGCUCACGGAAUCUGCCAAGUACGGAGCGUCACCAUCUGGAGGAGAUGGAGCGCAUUAACCACCUCAUACACGACGUGGAAAACGCAGUGCAUCUGCAUCAGGCCGUGAAGAUGCUGGAGCAGAAGCGCAUGCAUCAUGAAGAAUAUCACGAACGUGCGGCCAAUGACGACGAGGAGCAGCCACAAGUUCUCAAAAAGAGGGACAGUUUUCGCAAGCGCUAUCAGCAGAAGCGCUCGUUCGAGACCCGACGACAAAAGCCUACGCGCAUGGGCCGCGUUCACCAGCCCAAGUAA